CUCCCCCACCUCCGCACGCGGCGCCUCAGCGCGCGCCCCGACGCUCCCGCGGGGGCUGGCCGCCAUGGAGCCGGCGACCCCGGAGAGCCUUUCGGUCCUGUACCAGAGUGCCGACUUCGUGGUGGUGAACAAGCGCUGGGACCUCCGCCUAGACAGCAAGCUGUGGCCCCGGCCCCUGACCCUACAGGCCCAGCUAAACCAGCGCUUCCCCGACCUGGCCGACCCCGGCACCUGCCAUGGCUUCAGAUUUUGCCACCAGCUGGACUUCUCCACCAGCGGGGCGCUGUGCGUGGCCCUCAACAGAGCUGCCGCCGGCAGAGCCUACCGGUGCUUCAAGGAGCGGAUCGUCACCAAGGCCUACGUCGCCCUGGUCCGAGGCCACGUGGGCGAGGACAGGAUGACCAUCAACCACGCCAUCGGCAAGAACACCACCGAAGGACUGACCCACACCAUGUGCAUCCAGGGCACAGAGGGGUGUGAAAACGCCAAGCCUUGCCAGACGGAGCUGUGGGUCCUGGAACACGGCACGUACAGCGGCGACCCUGCCUCUAAGGUGCUGCUGCAGCCGCUCACCGGCCGGACGCACCAGCUGCGGGUGCACUGCAGCGCCAGCGGCCACCCGAUUGUGGGCGACUUCACCUACAGCCUCGGGCGGGACAGCGCCCCCUUCCGCAUGAUGCUGCAUGCCCUCUACCUGCGCGUCCCAACCGGCCCCGAACUCGUCGAGGCCACCGCCCCGGACCCCUUCCUCCCCUCCCUGGACCCCUGCUGGGUCUCCUUGCGCACUAUCCAACCCCUGAACGCCACGCUCCGGACCCUGCGGACCGCCGGAGAGAGGGCCGAGGCCGAGGAGGCCGGUCGGGUGCCCGCCGCGGGCCAAAGCGGGACCUCGGGGCGGGCGGUUGUCACGGAGUGCGCCGAGCGCCAGUGCCGGGCCUGGCUGGAGGAGUGGGCGUUCGAGCCGGAUAGCUGAGCUCCCCAUCCCGACCGCUGGCCACUCCUGCCGCCGGGCCGGCAUCAAAUCUGCCCUGCCCUCUGGGCGGUGGUAUUGGCCUCCGGCCCCCUGGGCGGUCUCCAGGCGAUCCCGGGUCCCAGCAGAAGCUGGUGACUGUGGACCGGGGCCGGGCUCGGGUCCAAUGGCCCCAGGGGAGUUGGGGACCUCAUAGACCCCUGAGAUGGCUUCCCUCGGCCCCCCAGUCCGGCCGCCGAGGAGCCGCUGGCACCCCCAGUCCAGAUCCCAGGACUCUCCCCCUGGGCCCCUCUGCAGGACCCUAGCACUACUGAGGCCCUCGGGCCCCCUUCCCUUCCCCUCCCCUGCUGGACUGCACCCAAGCUGUUUGGGAAAGUCCUCUCGAAACCAGCACCCUGCCCUAGCCCCAGCUCUGUGCCCGCCGGCCCACCACCCGCUGACAACUCCUGUUGUCACUUUAGCGGGCACGAGGAGGGAGGGGAUCAGGUCCCCCAUUCUCCAUUCUCCAUUGUGGCUCAGUUUCCGCGGGGAGCACUGUCCUCUACCAGACCCUCUGCCACCAGGUGCCCUGGCUCCCAGCCCACCGGCCCCCCCCAGGUAAUCGAGUCACCAAGAGCUGGAGUGCAUCAGAGUGCUUGUGGGACAUUUUACAUGGACUGGCUGUCUGUGCGUGUGUGUGACGCAGUGGUGUAGACAUCUCUCUACUCUCAGUACUGAGAGCUCAUCUCCUCCAAGAGGCCUUCCCAGACUGAGCUUCCCCUUUUCCCUCUGCUGCCUCUCUGC